GGCAGCGAGAGAGAGAGAGAGAGAAAAUCAAUCGGUUUUAGAAGGUUUGGACUCACUUGACAGGUUCAGUUGGAGGCGACCAUAGGUGGCUGCUGUGACAAAGGGAAAUUGUGCUUUUCCAGCAUGCUAACUGACCCUGAUUUACCUCAGGAGUUUGAAAGGAUGUCUUCCAAGCGACCAGCCUCUCCGUAUGGGGAAGCAGAUGGAGAGGUAGCCAUGGUGACAAGCAGACAGAAAGUGGGAGAAGAGGAGAGUGACGGGCUCCCAGCCUUUCACCUUCCCUUGCAUGUGAGUUUUCCCAACAAGCCUCACUCUGAGGAAUUUCAGCCAGUUUCUCUGCUGACACAAGAGAACUGUGGCCAUAGGACUCCCACUUCUCAGCACAACACAAUGGAAGUUGAUGGCAAUAAAGUGAUGUCUUCAUUUGCCCCGCACAACUCAUCUACCUCACCCUUGAAGGCAGAAGAAGGUGGGCGUCAGAGUGGAGAAUCAUUGUCCAGCACAGCCCUGGGAACCCCUGAACGGCGCAAAGGGAGCCUAGCGGAUGUUGUAGACACCCUUAAGCAAAGAAAAAUGGAGGAGCUCAUCAAAAAUGAGCCAGAAGAAACUCCCAGUAUUGAAAAGCUACUAUCAAAGGACUGGAAAGACAAGCUUCUUGCCAUGGGAUCAGGGAACUUUGGAGAAAUAAAAGGGACUCCAGAAAGCCUUGCUGAGAAAGAAAGGCAGCUCAUGGGUAUGAUCAAUCAGCUGACCAGUUUGCGAGAACAGCUGCUAGCAGCUCAUGAUGAACAGAAGAAACUGGCUGCAUCGCAGAUUGAGAAGCAACGCCAGCAAAUGGAGCUGGCUAAGCAGCAGCAAGAACAGAUUGCAAGACAACAGCAGCAGCUCCUUCAGCAGCAACACAAAAUUAACCUUCUUCAGCAGCAGAUCCAGCAGGUCCAAGGUCAGCUGCCUCCAUUAAUGAUUCCUGUAUUCCCUCCAGACCAACGAACCCUAGCAGCAGCUGCACAGCAAGGAUUCCUUCUUCCUCCUGGUUUCAGCUACAAAGCGGGAUGCAGUGACCCUUACCCUGUUCAGCUGAUCCCAACUACCAUGGCAGCUGCUGCCGCAGCAACACCAGGCUUAGGCCCACUCCAACUGCAGCAGUUGUAUGCUGCCCAACUUGCUGCAAUGCAAGUGUCUCCAGGAGGCAAGAUACCUGGCAUACCCCAGGGUAACCUUGGUGCUGCUGUAUCCCCUACCAGCAUCCACACAGACAAGAGCACAAACAGCCCUCCACCCAAAAGCAAGGAUGAAGUGGCCCAGCCUCUGAACCUUUCAGCCAAACCCAAGACAUCUGAUGGCAAGUCUCCCACAUCACCCACCUCUCCUCAUAUGCCAACUCUGAGAAUAAAUAGUGGGGCCAGUUCACUAAAGUCCUCUGUGCCAGCAACAUUAUCUAGUCCUUCAGCCAGAGCAAACACAAUAGAUAUCCUUUCUUCUAUCACGUCGUCAGGUUAUUUAAAUGACCAUGAUGCUGUUACCAAGGCAAUCCAGGAGGCCCGGCAGAUGAAGGAACAACUUCGGAGGGAGCAGCAGGUGCUGGAUGGGAAGGUGGCCGUUGUGAAUAGCCUGGGUCUCAACAACUGCAGGACAGAAAAGGACAAAACAACAUUGGAGACCCUGACUCAGCAACUGGCAGUAAAACAGAGUGAAGACGGGAAGUUUAGCCACGCAAUGAUGGAUUUCAACAUGAGUGGAGAUUCUGACGGAAGUGCAGGCGUUUCAGAGUCUAGGAUUUAUCGGGAAUCCAGAGGCCGUGGUAGCAAUGAGCCCCAUAUCAAGCGCCCAAUGAAUGCAUUCAUGGUGUGGGCUAAAGACGAACGGAGGAAGAUCCUUCAAGCCUUCCCUGACAUGCACAACUCCAAUAUCAGCAAGAUACUAGGAUCUCGCUGGAAAGCGAUGACAAACCUAGAGAAGCAGCCAUACUAUGAGGAGCAGGCCCGACUCAGCAAACAGCACCUGGAGAAAUACCCAGACUACAAAUACAAGCCCCGGCCGAAGCGUACCUGCCUUGUAGACGGCAAAAAACUGCGCAUUGGCGAGUACAAGGCUAUCAUGCGCAACAGACGCCAGGAGAUGAGGCAGUACUUUAACGUUGGGCAACAAGCACAGAUUCCUAUUGCCACUGCGGGCGUCGUUUACCCAGGAGCCAUUGCCAUGGCAGGAAUGCCUUCCCCACAUCUGCCCUCUGAGCACUCAAGCGUGUCCAGCAGCCCGGAGCCCGGCAUGCCUGUCAUCCAGAGCACUUACGGCAUCAAAGGCGAGGAGCCUCACAUCAAGGAGGAGAUGCAGACCGAUGACGUCAAUGGAGAAAUCUAUGACGAAUACGAUGAGGAAGAGGAUGACCCUGAUGCGGACUAUGGCAGUGACAGUGAAAAUCACAUUGCGGGGCAAGCCAACUGAUCAGGGUCCAAAUAUCUCAUGACCUACAGGACUUCAAGGAGAAAAGAAAAAACAAAUAAAGCCCCAUCUGGUUUAUCCUUGCCAGUGGCCAAGCACAUUAACUUUCUCAUACACUGACUGUUACUUUAACUCUUAGUCUUAACUAGUUGGGACAUCAGCUGACUAAUAGACAUCAGCCUGCAUCAGAAGAAAAAAGGCUCAGAAGAGAGGAAACAAAGACAACGACGACAACAACAGAAUGAUAUAAGCUAUGGGUAAUAUAAUGCCAGUAAUUCAGCUGCUAUACCCAAGCACUGAAGUCUUACCCGUCGACCUUUUAUUAUUUUAUUUUUUUUUUUCAAAUAAACUUUAAUGGCUGUUUGUUCUACAAUGUUCUAGAAAUUCUCACUCAGGUACACAGUGCCAACAAGUGGCUUGUGAAUGUGUUUUGUUGUUUUGUGCUA